GAGGAAAACAAGCUACAAUGAGUUUCGGUACCAAGCCUAGGGAGAGGGUGAAGGAGCCACUCGAACUAGUUCACACUGAUAACUUGUACCUGUAGAGGUAGAAUCACUUGGAGGCGCACGAUAUGCAAUUGCUUUUACGGAUGAUUACACCCGAUGGAGGGUGGUAUAUCCAAUGAAGCAGAAAUCAGAAUCACCAGAUUGUCUCAAACGGUACAUCAUGGAUAUGAAUGUAUUACUCCGUGAUCGCAAAGUGAAAACUUUGAGUGGAAUAAGAUCAGAUAAUGGAGGUGAAUAUACCAGCAUAAAUUUCAAGAAUUUCUGCAAGAGCCGUGGCAUCAGGCAAGAUUUUAGUAUGCCAUAUGGACCACAAGAUAAUGCAGUUGCCGAAAAAUCAUGGCAUGCCUUAUCUAAUAUGGCCCGGAGCCUUUGUAUGCAGGCUGGACUAAGAAGACGUUUCUGGGCUGAAGCGUUGAACACUGCAACCUACAUGUUCAAUCGGUCGAGGACUUCUGCAUUAAACUCAGGUGAAACCCCCUAUUAU